AUGCCAUUUGCAAAAUUUUCAAGAAUUCGUGAAGUUAGCAGUGAAGAUGACCAACAUUCGGCGGAAAACCUAAUUAGGCCUUCACAAGGCAAGAAAUGGAAGACUAAGUCAGUGGGAGAGAAGUCUGCUUAUGUUAUACUUGAAUUGGACGAAGCUCAGAAGAUAACUGGCAUAGAUAUUGGCAACGAGCAUUCCGCUUUUAUUGAAGUUUUGGUUGGAAAAUCUUCAGCGGCUCCUGAAGACUUUACAGAAAUUUUAAUUACAUGCUCAUUUAUGACACCGAUUGAAAGCAAAAACUCAAACAAUUCGAAUAGGGUAAGAUGCUUUGGUACAGAAGCUCUAGUUCCAAGUGUAGCUGAAAAAAAUUGGUCUCUUAUCAAAAUAAUUUGCACGCAGCCAUUUAACAAACACGUUCAAUAUGGGCUGUCGUUUGUUAAAGUGCAUGUGGCACCUAACAACACUACAAAGUCUUCAGGGCUGGUUCCUGGGGCCAAAAUUAUAGGAACAGAGGUUCAGAGUAAGCCAAGUUCUAUACAAAUCGGAAAAUUUAAAUUACGUGAAGAUUCACCAGACUCUGAAAAUGAUGGAUCUUCCAGCCUAUUCAGUCGGUGGAAAACUAAUAAAGAUAAGAAUGAGCAGUCCACGGCUGCUGCCAUACGCAAUGCAACAAAUGUCAGCAUCAUUAAACAAUCCCAAAAAAUGCCUGAAAAACCAAUAAAAAAUAGACACUGCGAUACCACAAAAAUUGAAAUACGGGACCGCAAUAGAGAUGAUCUGAUGUUUGGUGCAGCUGACGACACUGAGAAUACAGCGAAAGAAGCUCGUCUAGCUAAGGAAAUAGACGCCGAAAGAGAAAGGCGAAGGCUUGAUGCAAAAAAACAAGAAGAAUUAAAGCAAAAAGAGAAAAGGAAAUCACUUGAUUCUAGGACACCGCGACUUGUAAGCGAUAAUAAAAAGGAAAAGGUUGACCAAACGACAAAACCAAAUAUUAGCUUAAGUGCUGAGUCUAGCACACCUAAGCAUGAGUCCGUAAAGAAACGUCCAAGUUCGCCCAAUAUGAGACCAGCAAAGAAGUGCAAACCUUUGAUUGCAAAAUAUAAGCCAUUUAACCAAUUACUGAAGGGCGUAGUUUUAGUAAUCAGUGGAAUUCAGAACCCAGAUCGAGCAGAUUUAAGAAGCAAGGCUAUCGCUUUAGGUGCCAAAUACAAGGGAGACUGGGACAAUACUUGCACUCAUUUAAUAUGUGCUUUUAAAAAUACACCAAAAUAUAACCAGGUGAAAGGGAAGGGCAAAAUUGUAACACGGUCAUGGAUAGAAAAAUGUUACAAUAAUAAAAAAUACAUACCUUGGAGACGAUUUGCUCUAGACAGUGCGGAAUUAACGAAACCCGAAAGCGAUGAGGAGGUACUUGAUGAAUCAUUACAGACUUCGGAUAGGGAAAAUGGGACAGGAUUAACUAAUAAACGUGAAUCGGAGGAAAGAAAUGAAACAUUGUCUCUGUACGAUUUAGAUGAACAUGUAUCAAAAUCUCAGUCUAAAACGGAUGCAAUGGUAUCUUCUUCCGAUAGUGAUACUGACGACGAUAUUAAGCGAAUUGAAGAAAAAAAUAAACAGAUUGUGGUAAAAGAUCCAAAAGCUAGAAUACCUACAACUGGAGUUAUAUCAUCGGAUGCCAUUUAUGAUGUCUCCACUGAUGAAGAAUUUUACUUAGAAAACAAACGACAAACAUCUACUCAUAUUAGUGUCUAA